AUGGCCUCCACGGAUCUGACGCCGAGAGGCGUCAAGGCCGUCCACGGCAUGGACCCGCAGAACCUCGUUGAGAAAGUGAUCCGCGCCCGUAUCUACGACUCGCUGUAUUGGAAGGAGCGCUGCUUCGCGCUGAAUGGCGAUUGCGCUGCACGCCAUUGGAGGCGUGUACGACCGCCAGACGCCGACGCCGUUCAUGUGCCUCCUCCUGAAGUUGCUGCAGAUCCAGCCCGAGAAGGAGAUCCUGUUCGAGUAUCUGCUUGCAGAGGAAUUCAAGUGAGUUAUCACAGAGUUCGGGCUGUAUAUGCUUGUUACCACGCGGAUGGUUCGCUGGCAUCCACACACAGCUUCGAGAGAGUCAUACAAGCUGACAUCAUCAGGUAUCUCCGCGCGCUCGCCGCAAUGUACAUCCGCCUCACCUUCCGGAGUAUCGAAGUGUACGAGAUCCUCGAGCCUUUAAUGAAGGACUACCGCAAGCUGCGCUACCGGCAAGUGGGCGGGUACUACCUGACGACGUUUGACGAGUUCAUCGACGACCUCCUGACGCAGGACCGCGUGUGCGAUAUCAUCCUGCCGCGCCUGACGCAGCGCUCCGUCCUCGAGGAAGUUGAGGGCCUGCCGCCGCGCAAGUCGCUGCUGGACGACGACCCGCGGGACAAGUCGCCCGCUAGCUCGAGGGAGAGCUCGCCGGAUCUCCGUCGCGGAAGGAGCCGAAGUCGGACGCCGAGCGACAGCGGCAGUGAUAGGAGUCGAUAUGUCUCCCGCUCACCCAGCCGGAGUGACUCUGAAGACGAGGGAGAGGUCGGCGACACGAGGGCGAGAUACGUGUCGCGGUCCCCGAGCAUGUCACCGGAUCGCGCAAUGGCGAUGCAGGGUGACAAGAUCGAGGGCGACGCGUAA